UUUUUCGCUUUCAACGCUACCUCUUCUUUAUUCUGACUCUUUUUUUUUUUUUAAACAACGAUGCAACACCACCACCGCAAUCGCCACCGUCAAGGCCAAGAGACAGUGGAAGAGAACAAGGAAAAAAGACCCAAGUUCUUCAUCAACGAUCACGUAGACAUCCUCGUAGAAAUUCUCAAACGCCUCGACGGCCGUUCCCUUGGUGUCGCCGCUUGUGUUUGCCGUCUCUGGUGCACCAUUACUCGUAACGACUCCCUCUGGGAAGACCUUUGUUUCUGCCACUUGUCUCCUCCACCUUCCAGAGUGCGUUCCAUCGUUGUUGCCCUGGGUGGCUACAAACGCCUCUACAUGGCUUGCGUUAGACCCGUGCGUAGCCGACUCGGAAAAGUGAGGGGGGCUUCUUGGACUCGCGACGAAGCUCAGCUCUCGUUGUCUUUGUUUUGCGUUGAUUGCUACGAAAGGCUUGGUGGCGUUGAAGGAAGUAAUAGUAGUACUGGGAGACUCGUCGGGGAAUCGUCAGCAUCGUCUCUAAUGUUCCUUUGCAAGCCCGUGAACGUUUGAU